CUAUUGGCAUGUUCUUGCUCUUUCCUGUAUUUUUCUUUUCAUUUGUGGUGAUUUGACUACGUGAAAUGGUUUAACUGAAACAAGGCCUAUUUAUUAACAUUUCACAGUAAUGCAAAUUUAUUCUUCACAAGAAGAUAUUGCGACAUAACAUAAAGUAAUCUAAAUAAAUUACUUUUGUACUUGGUGUUUUAUCCUAAAGUGAAAUGUGGUCGAUGACAGUGUAAAACGGGUGCUUGAUACAAUCUUCAAGCACUACCCAGCUGACAGGCGUUCGGAAGGACCCACAACAAAUUAUGCUACUGUAAAUAGUGAACGUGAUCUCGUGUUAGUGUAAUAUAUCGCAUGAUAGUAUAUCACAAAUUGUGUACGUCGGUGCAAUCGUGUGUAUGAUAUAGCGGCAUGAGCUCGCAGAACGUAAGGAUGUCGGUGCCGCCGCCGCCCUUGCGGCAAAUCGAUCUGGAUCAGAUAUGGGGCGACCUGCGCGAGGGCAUCGAACAAGUAUACAAGCGGCAACACAUGUCAAAGUUGAGAUAUAUGGAAUUAUAUACGCACGUAUACAACUAUUGUACGUCCGUACACCAACAAAGCAGUGGGCCCGUCAGUAGAAGUAGCAACGCCUCCGGCAGAAUUCCAUUUGGAACUGGCAAGAAAAUGACGGGCCAAGUACCUGGUGGCGCCCAAUUGGUGGGCCUAGAACUCUACAAGAGGCUGCGCGAGUUCCUCAGGAUGUAUCUUAUAAAUUUGUUGAAGAACGGCGCAGACCUCAUGGGCGAAGACGUGCUAGCGUUCUACACGAAACAAUGGGAGGAGUAUCAGUUCUCGUCCCGCGUGCUGAACGGCGUGUGCUCGUACCUCAACAGGCAUUGGGUGAAACGGGAGUGCGAGGAGGGCCGCAAGGGUAUUUAUGAAAUAUAUCAACUCGCGCUUGUGACGUGGCGCGACAAUCUGUUCAAGUGCCUAAACAAGCAGGUGACAAAUGCUGUGCUGAAAUUGAUUGAACGGGAGCGGAAUGGAGAGACGAUCAACACUCGGCUCGUUUCUGGCGUGAUCAACUGCUACGUGGCCCUGGGUCUCAACGAGGAGGAGCCAUCAGCUCGCGGACAGAACCUCGCCGUGUACAAGGAGACGUUCGAGGCGAUAUUCCUCGAGGACACGGAGCGUUUCUACACCAGGGAGAGUACGGACUUCCUGAGGAAUAAUCCCGUCACCGAGUAUAUGAUUAAGGCGGAACAAAGGCUGCAGGAGGAGCAGCGGCGCGUCCAGGUCUACCUUCACGAGACAACCAUGGAGAGGCUGGCCAAGACCUGCGACCGUGUUCUCAUCGAGAAGCACCUGGAGAUAUUCCACGCCGAGUUCCAGAAACUGCUCGACGCGGACAAGAACGCGGACCUCGGGCGGAUGUACAGCCUCGUGGCGCGCAUCCCGGACGGGCUGUGCGAGCUGCGCCGCCUGCUCGAGCAGCACAUACACGCGCAGGGCCUGCAGGCCAUCGACAAGUGCGGCGAGAGCGCGCACACGGACCCGAAGGUGUACGUGUCGACGAUACUGGAGGUGCACAAGAAGUACAACGCGCUCGUGCUGGUCGCCUUCAACAACGACUCGGGCUUCGUCGCCGCGCUGGACAAGGCGUGCGGCCGGUUCAUUAACAGCAACGCGGUGACGAAAGCGGCGAAUUCAUCGUCCAAGAGCCCGGAGCUGUUGGCCAAGUACUGCGAUCUGCUGCUGAAGAAGUCCAGCAAGAAUCCGGAGGAGGCCGAGCUGGAGGAUACGUUGAAUCAAGUGAUGGUUGUAUUCAAAUACAUAGAAGACAAGGAUGUAUUCCAGAAGUUCUACAGUAAAAUGCUAGCUAAGAGAUUGGUACAGCACAUGUCUGCUAGCGAUGACGCUGAGGCUUCAAUGAUCUCAAAGUUAAAACAGGCGUGUGGUUUCGAAUACACGAGCAAAUUGCAGAGAAUGUUCCAGGACAUAGGCGUAUCGAAGGAUCUGAACGAGAACUUCCGCAAGCACAUCGCGAACAGCAGCGAAGCGCCGCUGCACAUCGACUUCAGCAUACAGGUGCUCUCCUCCGGCUCGUGGCCCUUCCAGCAGUCCACCUCCUUCCAGCUGCCCACCGAGUUGGAGCGCUCCGUGCACCGGUUCACGACGUUCUACUCGUCGCAGCACUCGGGCCGGAAGCUCAACUGGCUCUACAACAUGAGCAAGGGCGAGCUGGUCACCAACUGCUUUAAGAACAGAUACACAUUGCAAGCGAGCACCUUCCAAAUGGCGGUGCUGCUGCAAUACAACGACAACACCGCCUGGAGCGUCCGCCAGCUGGAGCACCACACCGGCAUCAAGGGGGACUUCCUGAUACAGGUGUUACAAAUCCUGCUGAAAGCGAAGCUGCUGGUCUGCCAGGACGACGAGUCGGAGUUAACCGAGUCGUCGGUCGUGGAACUUUACUUAGGUUAUAAGAACAAAAAGCUACGCGUCAACAUCAACAUACCGCUGAAGACCGAGCUGAAGGUGGAGCAGGAGGCGACCCACAAGCACAUCGAGGAGGACAGGAAGAUGCUCAUACAGGCCGCCAUAGUACGUAUAAUGAAGACGAGGAAGACGCUGAAACACCAGCACUUGGUCGUCGAAGUGUUGAACCAGCUGUCGUCGAGGUUCAAGCCGCGCGUGCCGGUUAUAAAGAAAUGCAUUGACAUACUAAUCGAGAAAGAGUACCUAGAGCGCACCGAGGGAGAGAAGGACACAUACAGCUAUCUGGCGUGAUCACACUUCGUUGUAACUGAAUAAAUGUAACAAUAUUAUUA